AUGUGGACGAACCUCUUUUGGAGAGAAAUGACCUUGAUAUUCUUGACGUAUUUGUCAAAGUUGAUUUUGGUAUCGAUCGUCUACUAUCUGCUUCUGUUUCCCUUUGUACUUGGUAUCAACACCGUAAUGUGGGGACCAUUGGGAAUAACUGUGGCAGUUGUUCACUCGAUCUUACAAGUCAAUAUGUACGCGUCUACCUUGACCCGACUUCACAGUGCCAAAUACGCGCCGUUAGUCAUGGAGAGACUCACAAGCGUCAAAACUCAAAGCAAUCCGGCUGUUGUUGUGCACCCCAAUUCGGUGUCUACUGCGCAACAAACUAUAAGCGUAAAACCCAAAAGGCACUUGGCCAAAGCAGCUUUCAGUUUUAUGGUCAAGUUGGGUUUCAAAAUGACUUACUUCACAUCGCUAUUCUUUCUGUCCCUAGUACCUAUCGUUGGCAUUCUUCUGGUCAGAAUUUCACGUUCUGGCACAAUUGGAUACCUUUACUCGGUCCCAUUUUUAGCCGCACAGAGGCCACGACCUCUAAAAAAAGGUGAAACUUUUUACCAAGACCUGGGUAAGAACAUUGCAUUUGGUGUCGUUAGCGGAAUUCUGGAAUUAUUGCCAGUUUUGUCUGGCCUGUGUAUCGCGACUAAUUACGUUGGUCGCGGUCUAUGGAUUUUGGAUGAAAGAGUGUUCAAUUCCAUCCAUGAGUUUCACCGACGUAGCUUGUAG